GGCAUGGGACCGGACCGUGCGGGAGUGCGGAAGUGGUUUUUCCUUUGAGCGUAGGGCGUGCAGAUGGCGGGAUCCCGGCGCCGAGCUGCGGUGCCGGCGAGGACGGCGGGGACGGCGAGGCUAGGGAGCCCAGGGCGACCGCAGGGCCGGAGGCAGCAGGAGCCGGGGAAGCAGCGCUCGGCGCCACGGCCGGGGCCGCGCAGCAAAGAAAAGAAGAAAGUGAAUUGCAAGCCUGAGAACCAAGAUGAACAGGAAAUCCCUUUCCGGCUCCGAGAGAUCAUGAGGAGCCGCCAGGAGAUGAAAAACCCCAUCAGUAACAAGAAGAGGAAGAAAGAGGCCCAGGUGGCCUUCAGUAAGACGUUGGAGAAGGAAGCAAAGGGAGUGGAGCCGGACAUCGCUGUACCCAAGUUCGAGCAGAAGAAGUGGGAGUCCGACAGGGCCUACGUGCAGCGCAUGGAGCAGGAGGCACAGCAUGUGCUGUUCCUCAGCAAGAGCCAGGCCGGCCGGCAGCCUGAGGUGCAGGCGGCUCCCAAAAAGGGGAAGUCGGAGAGUAAGAAAGCGUUCCAGAAGCGACGGCUGGUUAAGGCCCAGCAGAGGAGGGAGGAAAAGGCAGCAGAAAGGCUGGAGCAGGAGCUGCUCCGAGACACUGUGAACUUUGGUGAGGUUGCCCUGCAGCCCCCAGAGCUGACUGCCAAGCCCAGGAUGAGCACACGUAGGGACCAGCCUGGCAAGAAAUCUCUGAUGCUGAAGAUGCUUUUAAGCCCUGGCGGUGUGUCCCAGCCUCUGACCACCUCUCUGGCCAGACAGCGGAUCAUGGCGGAGGAGAGAGAGCGGGCUGUGAACGCCUAUAGGGCGUUAAAGAAACUGCAGCGGCAGCGGCAGGGGGCUCAGUCACCACAGCCACCCCACCUCCCUUCUGGGAAGAAGCCAAAGACGCAGCUGUGAUGCAUCAGGACCUUUCCUGGACGUCAUGUUUCACAUCAGAGGAAAAGUGCAUAGUGAUUGAAACCAAGUGAGCCCACGUUUGAGUAACAAAGAAAGAAGGAGGAACUCUCAGCCAUUUUCACUCUUAAAAUCGUGUCUUAUGAAGGUACAGGCAUCAGCAGUCAUCUCAAGGCAUUGAGCCAACAUCACACUAUUCACUGUGUCAUUUUUACAGGAGGUUGAUAGGCAACAUGUACAAAGUUUAAAAAUGGGGAAUUCCCUGGCGGUCCAGUGGUUAGGGCUCUGUGCUUUCACUGCCAAAGGCCCAGGUUCAAUCCCUGGUUGGGGAACUAAGACCCCACAAGCCACGAGGUGUGGCCAAAACAAAAACAAAACCAUAAAAAAUAUGCAAAGCAGAAUGAGAAAUACUAUGACAUUUAGUUUGUAUGACGGUUCUAAACCAUGACCCUAGACCUGAAGGUAGCCAGCUGAACAAAUCAAAGGACCAGAGAGAGUCAGGUGAAAUUUGGGCUUGUGUCCUCAUUUUGUGUAAUUGAGUUUCUACUCCAAAAGUGUUUAUCCAAGUAGUAUUUGCAAUCGUACAAAUGCCUCCUUGUUCAGCAAGUAGGAAAUCGAAGGCUAUGUGGUUGUCUAAAAGUAUUUUAGCCAGUGAGUCAAGUGACCAUUGUUGGGCUGCAGAAUCAGCCAGCUCUGAUAUCAGGGGGAGAUUUCCGAUCACGUUCUCAUUGGCGCUUACGCCGACCCAAGGGGGUUUUGAUGAGAACUGGCCAAAUGGCACAGACUCGUAGCACUUGACCAAUACAGUGGGUUCCCCAAUCACUAUGAAGUUCAAGAAGCGUUCCUCUCCGAUGGGAUCUUAGCCACAGAGGCGGCAGUGGCUUGUCUACGUGGAAAAGCUUCAGUCCAUUGAGGAAACAUGCACAUCAUUACCAGGAAUUAUUUAUACCCAUGGGAUGGUGGGCAGCUCUGUGAAACCCACUUGCCAAACCUCGAAUGGUCCAUCAGGCAAUUUGGAGCGCCUGGGAGGGAGCAGUGUGGAGUUUUUCUGGACUAUUUUGGGAAUGUGACACCAACCCUGGAUCCAACAGCUUCCCACAAAAUACUGCAUAAUAUUUGGCUCACAGGCUCUAGAGCACAAACUCAGUAAUUGUGGCACAUGGGCUUAGUUGCUCUGCGGAAUGCGGGAUCUUCCCGGACCAGGGCUCGAACCUGUGUCCCCUGCAUUGGCAGGUGGAUUCGCAACCACUGCACCACCAGGGAAGUCCCGAGGUAGUUCCUUAAAAUAAAUUUCAUUCUCUCUUUUUCCCUCUCUC